AUGCCGCCUUACCUUCCUUCAGGAGAAGUAACUUAUCAUAACACCCAGGAAGAUCAGAUAGAACGCGAUAAGAUUGAAGAUUGGGAAGAACUGAUUUGCGAUGGCGAAGCGGGAUGGGGCUGGCCGAACUUACCGACUGAAGAACAUUUCCAUCGACUUCUCAUAUCGCUCGGCUAUGCGGCCCAACGCAUGCCCCGUUUACAGAACCUGAAACUUGACGUGGUACACCAUCAGCCGUUUGCCGUCUCGCUUCAGAACAAGGACCAGAUCGCCCUAGAAUAG